GCCACGCGCCGAACGACAAGGAAUCUCUGUUGACCGGGCUUCGUCAAGAGCUGGACGCGAUGAACCAAGACGUGCUCUUCAAGGGCACUGAAGAACAAUCUAUGGAGCGCAUGAGUCAGGUCCUCACUCAGUUCUUCAACGGCGACCUGGUGGGCAAGGUGCAAAAGCUGAGGAAGGAAGAUGCGAAGGCUGCAAAAGAAAUCGAAAAGGAUGACCCGCUCCCCGAGGACGCCGCGAGGGACAAAGCCCUCUUCGAAGAAUUGGCCCUUAAUAAUUAUUAUGUCACUACGCAGACGACGGCAGGGAAUGCGAUCGGCUCGCGAUGGGCGCGGGCAAUUGCGGCGUCAGAUAAGCUGAGCAGGAAUUAUGCGAAAUGCCAGGGGUGGGCAGAAAGCCGUGACUUCCGAGCAAAGUGGGGCAAGAAGUUGCACAAAAAGAAUAAGGCGCGCUGGGAAAAGAGAAAAGAGGAAACGUUCGAGAAGACCGAGUUGAAGGACGGGGAGUGCAUCUCCCUCGGCCGCAUGGCCUUCCUCGAGGGAGGCGGGUCGGCUGGCCUGAAGGCCGCGUUCAAGUACGCAACCGACGCGAUCCUGGUAGGGGGUAUGUACGUCAAGUGGGACGAGUGGACAGAGUCGGUAAUGUUCCUCUACCUUACACACAGGCUGAGGGAAUCGUUCAAGAGGGCAUGGAGCACUUUCCAGUCGUGGCAGGGCAAAGGUGAUAUUGAGGACGCGCAGUUGCCCGCCAACGAGGACGACGACGACGCCUCGACCAAG